AUGGCUAGCAAAGGAGCGGCUCGUGUGCGAAAGAAGGAAAUUGUCAAGGUGAUUCAUGGAGCGCUUCUGAGAACAAAUAUCAAGUAAGUCACGCACAUUCUGAAGCGAAAGUUUCAUACUUUCAUACAGAGCACAAAUGGCAACCGCCGCUCCGCCACUGGGUCCGCAACUCGGUCAACGAGGUUUGAACGUGGCCAACUUCUGCAAGGAGUUCAACAAAGAGACGGGACACUUCAAACAAGGUGUUCCUCUUCCUACGCGAAUCACUGUGAAACCGGACAGAACAUAUGAUCUGGAAAUUUGUUCACCGACAACGACGUGGCUUCUGAAGCAGGCAGCUGGAAUCGGACGAGGAAAAGCCACUAAAGGUGGGUGUUUACAAAAACGAAUUUCUCCUGAAUACUAACUUUCAGAUGAAAUUGUCGGAAAAUUAACAGUGAAGCAUUUGUACGAGAUCGCAAAAGUGAAGUCACGAGACAAAGCUUUGCAACACGUGCCACUAGAAACAAUCUGUAGAAAUCUGAUCAAAACAUGCAGAACGCUGGGUAUAGAAGUGCAGUAUCACGAUUUGGAUCGUGCCGAGCUGAAGGAAUUCCUCGCAGCAAGAAAAGAAAAAGUGGAAGCUCAGUUGAAAGAGCUAGCAGACAAGAAGGCCGCUAAAAUGCUCCGAACCACUUAA